AUGACGAGCCUUCCUCCCCAUGGCCAACUUCGGACACUGAGGGACCCGAUCAAUGAUUCCCAGUAUGGCAUUGAUAUUGUCCUCGUUCCAGGUAUCGGGACAGCCUCGCCAGAGCAUUGGCCGUUUGCAAACCAGACAUGGCUCGCCACCCUCCCUGAGUCCGCCAUUGGAGCACGCAUCCUCGCGUACGAAUACACUUCACCAUUUGCCGGAAGCAAAUCCUCAUGGGAAUCCAUGUUGAUGCUAGCUUACAAUUUCUUGCAGCAUCUCAAUGACUCGCGAUCACGACUGAGUUCAGAUCUGAUAUCGAACAGACCCAUCAUGGUUGUCUGUCACAGCUUGGGUGGAAUCAUAGUCAAACAAGCAUUGUGUAAUGCCAACAAGCAGUUUUUCCGGUUCGAGUCAGUUGUCAACGCGACAGCUGGCGUUAUAUUCCUAAGCACACCGCAUCGCUACGACGACGGAGCCACGAGCUGGAAUAGAUUUCGAGACAUUUUAGAAUCAACCACCGGCAAGACCCCCAAGUCUUCGGCUGCUCACAUUGAGCAAGAAGGGUCGAUUUUGCUUGACCUCGCAGAUCGAUUCGAAGGAAUCUCGUUCCGCACUCCGAUAUUGUCGGUCUAUGAACUCAGAGAAUCGAAAAAUAGCUCGACACCAUUGCUUCCAAAGUAUCAACAAUUGGUCACCAGAGAAGCUUGUUCAACUCAUGCCCCAAUGGAAACGGUCAUUGGACUUAACCUCAAUCAUCACGAUACUUGUCUUUUCACCAAGAGCAUUGGCGGCGAAGGCCUACCCGGGUUAAACAAGUUCAUUUGCGAUACGAUGGAAAGCGCCGCGCAGCUUGUUGCCCUUCGCCUCGAAGACCAGGAGUACCAGUACGCAACAAUGAGCGCUUACUCGCCCACGAUGAGUGAAGCACCUUGGAGAGCUGAGCAGUUUGAGCAGAGUGAAUGGCCAUCGAACCAAGCAACUGAAUGGCCGUCAAACAAAGCAACAGAAGGAACCUCUCUCGGGGGAUUUGAGUUGUUACAUCCUGCCACACCCAAGGAGAUUCGGAAGAUUCUCAAUCUACCCUGCUAUUCCCUCAACACGCAUUCUGCAAAUAGUGACUUUUGCGGUCGCGAGGAUGUCUUGGAACGUCUCGCAGCUGAACUCCUACCCUCGAAGAAUGUCGUCGCAGCAUCAAGCACUGGAUUGCGACAAUUUGCGCUAUGCGGGUUUGGUGGGAUCGGCAAGACAGAGAUAGCCCGCGAAUUCGCUCGCCGCCACAAAGCUCGCUUUGAUGCAGUGUUCUGGGUCGUAGCCGAUGAGAUCGCGAAGCUUGAUCAUCAUUAUCAACAGAUCUCGCUGGCACUGGGCCUCGAAGAUGCAUCGGAUUGUAAGAGCCAAGUCGUCAGCAGAGAGAUCGUGAAAGGGUGGCUUUCCAGGCCCCGAAAACAUCUAACCGGGUCGGACGAACUCCUCCAGCCGGGUCACACCGGUGCAGAAGCGACUUGGCUGCUGAUAUUUGACAAUGCAGAUGACCCAAUGGUGCUGGCGGACUACUGGCCUCAGGGCAGUGGUUCCGUCCUUAUCACUAGCCGCGAUCCAAUGGCUAUGAGCAUGUUCACCAGAAGACCCUCGGGUCUGGGUCUCGGGCCGCUGUCACAGAAAGACAGCCUAGCCCUCUUCAACCACCUGACUACGAUCUUCAGCGAGCCGGAAGAUACGACAGCGCGACAGAUCUCUGAUGCGCUCGGCGGCAUUCCUCUGGCUAUCUCACAGAUGGCCGGUAUCAUUCGUCGGCAGGACCUCACCUUGUCCGAGUUUCUGGAGCUUUAUACUGACCAGGAAGAGCAUGCUAGUCUCUACGAGACCAAGUUUGAUACCAACAUGAUCACCUACCGACAUUCCCUUGCUACGGUGUGGACAUUUGAGAAAUUGAAGCCCCAAGCGCGACAACUGCUCGAGAGAGACAAGAACAAGUCCCAGAUAUCGGUGCAUCGCAUUGUACAAGAUGUGGUCUUGGCUAGAAUGGAGUCCGCAAAGAGACACCUCAUCUUCGACAAACUCGUGGAGAUACUUUGGGUGAACUGGCCGUCGGCUAUGCCCAAGCCAUCCAAGGAGCCCGAACUACCGCAACCCAAAUCGAGCGGCGGCAGGCUAUAUGUCGGCAGAUGGCCUGCAUGUGCCGCAAUCUAUCCUCAUGUUCUGAGGUUACAUCAGCUCUGGCCAACCAUCUCAUGUCCUUCCGAGACCACCAGUCUGCUUUUCGCAAAGCUUUUAACCGAAGCUGCAUGGUACCAGAAGGAACGCGGUCGAACCAAGCAUUUCGACGGCUUCUUCGACACCGCGCGCCGGGUCUGCGACGCCUCCGCGCACCCGGACCGCGACUCCCUGCUCGCCGACAUCCACUUCUGCCUAGGCGCGAUCGCCAUGGACGCAAGCGACUUCUCCGCCAGCCGCAUCCACAAGGAACAGUCUCUGAACCUGGUGGCCGCGAUCUGCAGCGAGCUGGGCACCGCCGACGAGCGGCUGUAUCUCGCCACCGCGGAGCGGGGGAUCUCGCGCAUCCAGGACGGACGCUACGCGGAGGGCGAGGCGGACCUCAAGGAGGCCCUGCGCAUCCGGAAGACGUGGGGCAACUACGUCCCGCGCUCCGGCGAGGCCAACCUCAGCUGGGCGCUGCUGGCGCAGGGCAAGCUCGACGAGUGCAACGCGCUGCUCCUGGACAGUCUGGCCGGCCGCGAGAGGGCGCUGGGCAAGGACGAUCAUGAAUCGGUCCGCACGGGCCUGAUCCUCUACGCCCUGGGCAAUCUGCGGGCCGCGCAGGGCGAGUGGCAGGACAGCUUCACGUAUCAUCAGCGGGCGUGGCGCCACAUGCGCGCCACGGUGGGCGAUCGCGACUUCUACACCGCGAACGUCGCGCACAAGCUGGCUGAGCAUCUGAAUCGGGUCGGUCAAAGCGAACAGGCGAUUGCAAUGAUCAACACAGCCCUAGAGAUCUGGUCCGUCGACCCCAACGCGCACAAGAACGAGAUCGCGCGCACCACGUUCCUCAAGGGGAAGGUUUUCGAGACGACGGACAAGCCCCAGAAGGCCUCGAUUGCGUUGCGGGUGGCCGCCCGUCUGAGGAAGGAGAUCACGAAGGAGGAUCGCGAUGUGAAGAGGUUGACGACCGGGGACUUUGAUGCGAUUGUGGCGUUUUGGGCUCGUUGA